GGUGCGGCCUGUCUUUUUGGCGCGAAAACAGGAAGGCCUGUACCACACAGCCAUGCGUCGAAUGCGGGAAGGCGACCAGCAGUUUUUUUUUAAGUUUUACCGCAUGUCACCCGCGCUGUUCGACAAGUUGCUGGGCUUUGUUGCUGCGCACUUGACACGGCAGCACUUCAUACGAGAGCCCCUGGAGCCAGGCGAAAGGCUUGCAAUAACCUUGAGCUACCUGGCUUCAGGGCUGGACAUCUGCAACGUGGCCCUCGCCUACCCUGUCGGCAUUGAAACUGCCCGGAGAAGCAUUCACUUGAUCUGUAGAGCCAUUUGGGCUCGUCUGAAGGACCACUUUAUGAAGGUACCAACCAAGGCUGACUGGGCCAAGAUUGCUGGUGACUUCACCCGGCGUUGGCAGUUCCCAAACUGUUUGGGGGCUGUUGACGGGAAGCACGUCGCCAUCACCUGCCCGCCGAAAUCUGGAAGUGCCUUCUUCAAUUACAAGGAGGUGUGCUGAAAACGCCUUCGGCAUCACAGCGGCCAGGUGGCGCAUACUGCUCCGCA